CAGGAAAUGUUUUCAAUUGGGUCUCUUUCUGUCUUCCCGAAAACCCCUUUCAAUCCCUCAAUAUCCCACAAACCACAAACUCCAACUGCCCAUUUGCAAUCUGUACGUCAAAAAUUCGAUGGAACUGCCCGCUACUGCUUAUGCAACAAAUUUUGGGUUCAAGAAUUUGAUGGAAACUUUCACUAUGGAAGUCCAGAAAGCUGAGAACAGACCACUGAAUGUACCUUUGAUUGCUCCUUUCACCAUAGCCUCUUCUAGGCUUGAGAAGGUGGAGAAUGUGGCCAUCAGGAUCGAGUUGAAAAAUGGAUGUGUUGGUUGGGGUGAGGCUCCGAUUCUGCCUUUUGUUACGGUGGAGGAUCAGCCUACUGCCAUGGCUAAGGCCAAGGAGGCCUGUGAGAUGCUCAAGAGUUGUUCUUCCAUGACUCUCGGGGCAGUACUGGGGGAGAUUGGUGAUGUUUUGCCUGGACAUCAGUUUGCUUCUGUUAGGGCAGGAGUUGAGAUGGCAUUGAUUGAUGCAGUUGCUAAGAGCAUUGGCAUACCUCUGUGGAGACUAUUUGGUGGAGCUUCAAAUAUGAUAACCACUGAUAUAACAAUUCCUAUUGUUUCCCCUGCUGAAGCUGCUGUAUUAGCUUCAAAGUAUCACAAACAAGGAUUCAAAACUUUGAAGCUUAAGGUGGGAAAGAACCUGAAAGCUGACAUUGAAGUUUUACAAGCGAUACGUGCGGCCCACCCUGAUUGUUCAUUCAUCUUGGAUGCUAAUGAGGGAUAUAAACCUGAAGAGGCUAUUGAAGUUCUUGAAAAAUUACAUGAAAUGGGGGUGACUCCUGUUCUUUUUGAACAGCCAGUUCAUAGAGAUGAUUGGGAAGGUCUUGGCCAUGUUAGUCAUUUUGCAAAAAACAAAUAUAAGGUAUCUGUUGCUGCAGAUGAGAGCUGUCGAAGUAUGGCUGAUGUUAAGAAAAUAGUACAGGGGGAACUUGCAGAUGUAGUUAACAUUAAGCUUGCCAAAGUUGGAGUCGUUGGUGCUCUUGAAAUUAUUGAGGUGGCUAAGGCAACAGGACUGAAUCUCAUGAUUGGUGGUAUGGUGGAAACCAGACUUGCCAUGGGCUUUGCCGGCCAUCUUGCUGCUGGCCUUGGAUGUUUCCAAUUUGUUGAUUUGGAUACUCCCCUUCUCCUGUCUGAAGAUCCAGUUUUUGAAGGAUAUGAAGUUGACGGAGCUGUCUAUAAGUUCACAAAUGCUAGCGGCCAUGGUGGUUUCCUUCAUUGGGAAAAUAUUGCAUGGUAAGCACCUAGUUUACUACCUAAUUUGUUGUAAAAUGUUUUUCGAGAUCCAACAUGCUAUAACUUGUUGACAUUGUACCAGAGGUCACUGAUGACUCAUCUUAUGUUGAUCGAAAGCAUAGAACUCAGUGGUUAUUAAUCCUUAAACUGGAGGGUAGAUACACAUAAUCAUCAUGAAAUUAGCAACAAUAAAAAUGGAAAAUCAACAAUGCAUAGGCAACUAAGUUUUGGUAGAGGUGAACCAUCUGCGAUAUUUAUAUAUAUAAAAUGAUUAGAAUUGUUAGUACUUGUAUGCUUGGAAAAUUUUAUUAGCUUUUGAGAAUACUGAGUACAAGAGAAAUUAGUUUGGUUCCAAUAUGCUAUUACAUAACUACUGAGUUAUUGAGUUGGUUCUGGAGGAGGUGUCAACUUGUACUCUAGUUAGUCUUUUAAGCAUAUGAACUGUGCUUUCAAGAGAUUGAUCCAAAGCAUUAGGGUGUUGACCCAAAAAAAAAAAAAAAAA